GCAAGAGAUGUCGCUAAGAGUGUUUUGAUGCCAGAGGAUUCGAAAUAGCUCAACUAUAUUUUUCUCAGGUUUGAAAAUGGGAUCUGAACAGAGUAGUCACUCAAGGUCCAGAGCUCACAAGUCACGUGCUGGUGUACCUACUGGACAGGCAGGACGAAGUUCUUCACCACGGCCUUCAAUAAGCUCUGAUUCAGAUAUUCCUUAUAUAUCCUAUGCAGUUAAUCGGCCAAUAGGAGACUCUCCAAAGUUACCCAGCAAGAUACAAGGGCAAGGACUUCGAACUUCAACACCUUCACCUCGUCCAUCACCAAAACCCCCUCGACCUCACUCUUAUGCUGGUUCCACAACUCAUGAAAUUGUUGUUGUAAAGGAAGCACAGAAGCCAGUAAAGAGCAUAGAUACUGACGAAGAAUUGAAUAAACUGAAGAAUAUCCCUCACUUUUUCCCUAUAAUGAGAGAAACACUGAAUGUUCCAAGUGUAAGAGAUCCAGAGAUACUGAACAAGCUUGAUCAUGAAGGAGUUUUACAGCUGUGUCUCCGCUACCAAGAUCAUCUUCGACAGUGUACAGAGGUUGUGAGUGGAGAACAGAACUCUUUGGCAUCGAGAGUAAGAGAGAUUGACUUUGCAGUAGCAACUUUGAUGAGUAUGAUGACUGAGCGCCAGAAAAAAUUUGCUAAAUAUGCAGAGCAGUUAGGCAAGGUGCAGGACAUCUCAUCAACCUUGAAACGAUGUCAUAUGACUUUGACUGAACUUGUGGAGAGCAUGGAUACAUUGAACAAGUUACUUCCAGAGGAGGAAAAACUUGAACCAUUUGUAAUGGUAACAGGAUAGGAAUUGUGAAAUUAGGACUUAUUUAAAUCUAGAAUAAAAAUGCAGUUGUUUGCUGAUACGACAUUGUUUGAUUUGCUUUGUUUUCUGCUGUGUCAGAAGAUAAAGGUGUACAACUGCUUUUUCUAAAGAGUUUUAUGAGAGAGGGAAUUUCAGGUCCUUUGAAAUUACCUGUUAAAAUUUAAUGAAACUACAAUUAUAAUGCAAGUGUGUGGUCAAGAAAAAGUUUUAAAGUGAGUAAGUAAAUUGUUGCACACCCUCUGGUGUGAAUAAACUUUUUUUUCACAUUGUUCCGUUAUAUUAUUUUUGUGUCACUGAUACUUGGUAAAGGGUCCAAGCUUUAAAGGAAUGAAUGCCAAUCUUGAAAUAUUGUUUUCUUUGUUAGGUUAUUAUUUAAGGCAUAGAAAAUAAUGAGGGAUAUUCUUACAACAGCUUAGAAUGGGAGCAGAAAUUUGUAAAUUGUAAUUAACUAAAAUGAAAUUAAGAGAGAUAAUACAUUUUGAAAUGAUAAAUAUAUUGAAAACUUACAUUUAAUCUGACAUAUUUUUUAAGCAUUAUCAUUUCAGACUUCAAGAAAGAUUUAAAUAAAUGAACUAAAUGUUUACAUUCUGUUAUAUUGUGAAGUAAUUUCUAGAAUUCAGUGGUGUUGGUAACAUCAAUUUAUAAAACUUGACAAGAAAAUUUAUUUUUUACAUCAAAUUUAUUUUUGCCUCAUUCUCUGCUAACAACUAACUGUGUAAAUCAUUGCAAGUAUCUCUAUCAUUUUUGGAUACAGGAAAACAAAAAUAACAUUUCUACUCAGUAUCAGAUGUUUAAUUUUUUAUUUAAUUUUUUAAAUGAAGCAAAAGCAAUUGUUAAUUGAUUUUGAAGGGUUUAAUUUGUACUGAAUUUUGUGAGAUCUGUCAAAUUGUUUCUCAAUAACACAAAAAUAUUACAUUUUUUAUAUUGCUUGAAUAUUUCUGAAAGCUUAGAAUGUAUAACCUUUUGUACAUAAUACUUCAACAUUGCUGUUUAAAGAUGGAGCUGUGUGUGUGUGUGUGCGUGUAUUUAUAUAUUGUAUAUGAGUGUAAUUUUAAAGUGAAGCAGAAAGAAACUGCUUUUUAUCAAAGUGAUAAAUGUGACAAUGGGGCAGCAUGAUAAGAAUUUGUUGCUGGAAAUGAGGCAUUUCAUCAUUGUUACUAUAACUUAAAAAAUAUUUUAAAAAAUUUCCACAAUUUUUGUAAUUUUUUAAAACUUUUGGAAAAGCUUGAAUUAUGUUCAGAAGGAAAGAUUUAAAGACUUGUGUUUUAGUUGUUUUUUUUUUUACUCAUACUGUGUUUAGCAAAUUUUUAUGUACGAUAUCAAAAGCAGAGCAAGUUGGAGCAUUUUAUAUUAAUUUUGCCUUUUUCUUUUUGUUUAGAUGAUUUGAUUACAUUUAAAAAACAGAUGUUGUAAUCAGUUGACAAAGGGUGAUGAAACAAUGAACUUCUUUCACAAAGCAAAUGCAGUAAUUUUUACCAAAUCAUUUGUAAAGCUUCAUCUUAUUAAAAAAAAAAUUUUUUUUCACAAUAAAUGUUGUGUACAAAGCUUUAGGCUUGGAAAAAACAGCCAGAAAUUAGUUAUUGGCCAACCAAAGAUAAGACUGUCCGUCCAAUAAAAAUCUUAAUGUCCAAUAAUAUUUUUCCUCAGGUGGGUUAGCAGUAAGUAUAUGGAAUUCCAAUGCUAAGAAUCUAGUGUUUGUUGCCAUGGGGUAGACAGAAUGCAGAUAGCCCAAUGUGUGGCUCCAUGGGGUAGACAGAAUGCAGAUAGCCCAAUGUGUGGCUCCAUGGGGUAAACAGAAUGCAGGUAGCCCAAUGUGUGGCUUUGUGCUAAAAUAAACAAACUAAUGUUACCCAACUAUUUUAUUGUAAUAAGAACAUUAUACUUAAAUACUUCAAAAUUUGCUAUUUGAAAUACUUCUUUUGUUUGAAGUACAAAAAACGAAACACCAGUAUUGUUGUACAAUGUCACUCAUACAGUCUUGCAGAAGUGUCAUUUACUUGUUUGGUUUGGUCGUUAUGAGAAAAUGAAGUACACCCUUGUCCAAGUUACAUGAUAUAUUAAUUGGUUAUUCCAGCAGCAAAACUGUCAACCAAAAGAUGAUAUAUGGGAUGUAACACAUAAUUGAUUAGUGAUAUCCAUUAGAAAGGUCACGGUGUUAAAGUUUUUGAUCUACACAUUAACUAAAUAUUGAAAAUAGCAUUGUAAAAAAUUGUAGCUUUUGUCCAGAUUUUAUUACAGGUUUAGUGUGCAUAAAUAUUGGUGAAACAAUACGAGGCAGCAAUUUUACAUAAAGGCCUCAUCUAGUAAUAUACUAAAAUAAAUAUAAACCCAUUUGUAAAUUAUAGUUUUUGCAAGUUAAUCUAAAAGAAAAAAAAAUUUAAGUUUUCUUACAAGAUUUCUGUCUUCUCUGCAUAACCUCCAAUAUGUAAAUAAACCUCUGACAUAGAGUUCUUGUAAUAAUGUGUUAAUGCACACUUGUAAAUUUAUGUCAGUAACUCUAGUCAAACAAAAAACAUUGUUGAAACACUGUCUUUUAUAAUUUGGUGCUUGAACUGUUUUAAUCCAUACUAGAAGUAUGCAACAGUAAACAUGAAGCAAAAUAACGUUUAAGUAAGUGACUAAAGCACUGACAAUGCAUUCGUAAGGCUGUAUAAACAAAAACUACUAUACAGGAAUAUAAUUAACGACAUGGAUGAUGUUUAUAGCAAAGUUGCUGAAAACUAUAGAAAAAUCAACAAAUUAAUAUCUAAAUAGUGGGAUUUGUAUUCUUUUUACAUUUCACUUUUCUACUCCAGGUGGCCAGGGACUAAUGGUUAGUGGGUCACACUGUGAAUCUGAAGGUCCAUGUUUUGUGUCCUGUUACCACAAAAUCACACUUUGCACUUUGGGGCUAUGAAUGUGCUAUAAGAGUGAUAGUGAAAUUAAGCUGUUCAAUUAGGUUAGCCUAAAAGUUGUCAGUAUGUAAUCUUAACUAGCCACUUUCCCUAUAAUCUAAGAGGCCAAAAUUUGGAACAGCAUUGCAGAUAGCCCUUUAUGUAGCUUAGCGAGAAUAUGUGAAACCAACAAUUUUUACACUGGGAUAUCAGAUUGGAUUGCAGUUUCACACUAGAUUAAUAUCACUUAUGUAAUAAUGCCAAAUCAUUUAUACGUCAUCUAUCUAAUUACAGUUUUUAAUUUAGUCAUACAUUAAUUAAGUAUGAAAAUAUUAGUAACGCCUUUUACAUUAAGCCUAAGUUAAAUCAUUUAAGCCUAAUCUUGGCUCCAAUUAUUAUGUCUUUAUUUAUGGACUCUACUAUAAAGAAAUAAAACAGAUCUACAUUAAAUGUCUGUGUUCUCUGUGUGAACAAUUUAUAUCUUUCAUGUAAAUGUGGAAAAUCAGUUUCAUAAUUUUGAUACUUAGGGCCACAUUUCAGUAUAGUUAUGAAACAAUUCUCAGUAUGAUAUAGCAAAGAAUUUUGUUUUUACACCCAUAAAUAUUACAUAUUCAACAACAUCAUAUUUUUUCACAAUGUUUCAAAUUUAAAUUUUAUAACCAAAAUAAAUAUAAUUUCUUAAUAAAUAAAUAUCCUUCUCUAAAGACUAAUAUUUUGGCAGUAACUGCUAUGUUUUUUAUAACAUGUAGAAUGUAAGAAUUAAUUUGUGUCCAGUAUGUUAAAACUUUACAGGUUACUGAAUAUAUUAUGUCUGAACAUAAUUCAAUUUUUCUUGAAUGAGAGGUAAAAGAAAAUAACCAUGUACGAGUUAGCCAGUUGAAAAUGAUAACCUGUAUAUAAAGCAUAAUUUGAAACACUGUAUGCAUGUGUGUUUUAGGUUAAAUAUGUUCCUUUGUUUAUGAAGGAAUUGUUUUUUUUUAUAAGGUAGUUCUGUUGCUUCAUUUAAACUUCUAUUAAAUCUAACUUAGUGACUUGCAAUGUUUUUGUUGUUUCUUCACAAACAGCUAAUCUUUAAUAGCAUACUAGUUUGUUUUACAACUUCUAAUUAAGCAUAAUGAGUUUGUUAAUUGUCCUUAAAUUUUUUCAGACAUACAUUCAUAGUGGUAAAUAAACCACUAGCUAAGCUUAACAAAAGUCAAAAGAAAUAAAAACAAGUAUUUUAAUAAACUUAUUUUACAAUACUUAUACAUGACCAUAACAUGUUUUAGCAAGUUAAAAUACUAUUAAUGUAACUUUAUUAAUAGUAUGGUAGCCGACAGUAAGCAAUGAUAUAGCAAAUGUGUGAUUAUUCUAUAAUUGUUACAUUUAUUUUCUGUUAAAUCUGAAACCCCAAAUCUCAGCAUAUAGAUUACCACAAUACAUUCCUGAAAAUUUAUCAUGUUUGUAAAUAUGGUUAUUUACAAGAACAAGAAGACUAGCUUACUGGUUUGCCAGUUCUGAAUGGUAAUAAAGUUAAUUCAAGUUAAAAUAAUAAUAAUAAAUAAUUGAUGUUAAAAAUGAAUAAUAUGUUAUUAAUCCUUACCAUAAUUCUGAUUUGUGUGUAACACACGUGGGAUUGAUAAUAGUACCAUUUGUGUAGUCUAGUUCACACCAUGGUAGUUCUUGUUCUUACAACUGACAACACAAGUCAUUCCUAGUCUUUCAUGUCCUGGCUGGCUUGAUGGAACCUGGUAUUGGGCAGGGGGCCUCGUUGGCUCUGGAUAUGGCAGGUGUAGUGUGGUUGACUUAUUAUUGCACAUUCUUUGUUUUCACUCUUAAGUUCUUAGCAUUACUGUUGAUGCAGUUAGUGGUAUCAAAGUAAGGUUAUUAAGGUAUUGAGAUUUUACUCAUAAAUAUCCAGUUUAUCAUGGUCUCACAAAAACCAAAUGGAUAAGGUCCUAUCAGCAACAUGAAAUAUCCCACAUGUGGGUUACUGACCUCGCACAAAUCUCAGAGAAGUUGUUUCAUUAAUUGUUUUAAUUCAUGCAUUUAAAAAUGUUUGUUUUUGAAAGCAAUCAGAUUUAACAACAAAAUAUAUAUAUAUAUGUAUUUAGAACAAGUGUCUAGUGAAUUUUAAAUUCACAUAUGUCAGUGAUGUAUAUUAGUAUGUGUGCCUCCUGAACGUUCAGCAUUUCCUAGUUAUCUUUGUUUUGUUUUUCCGAUGAAACCAAAAUGCAGAAAUUAGGUAAAAUAAUUUUACUGUCUGUAGGGUAAAAUUAUAUUCAUACAUAUGAGUUAUAGUGCAGUCUAUCAGUAAACUAAUCUGAUGCAUUAUACUGCUAAAACUUAGAUUUAUCUCAUGUCUUUCAAGUAGUUUAAACCUUACAAUCACAGUGCAUGCUGAUAGUAAGCACAAGUUACUCAUUGAUAUAUUAUUUGAUAUCAUUCAGAAUGUUGAGAGAACUUUCUAUGGAUGAUUCUGUUGUUUCAAAUCAUAUAUAUUAUUCUUCAAAUGGCCUAGACGACUAUUCAUGUUGAUGACUUGCUUGAUCAUGACACUGCUCAUACAUUAUUCUAUAAGAAUUUAGAAAUAUUUCCACAACUGGAAUGAAUAAAGAUAGAUACUAUUGGGCAGUUAUAUUGUUAUGAUAAAAUCCACCAGAAACGUUGAUUAAAGAGCAUGAAGAGUGCAUAGUUUUUAUUACUACACAGAUUGUUUCUAAGUGUAUCAAAACCAAUGUAGUAUGUUGUCUUUUCUGACUUCAGGUGACUCUAAAUGUUUCCUCCACAAUCACAUAAGACUGCUGGACACAUCUAUGAGAAAUUAACAAAGGAGUGAGAGAGAGUAGGUAUAAGUAAGAAGCCCAAUAUUGGUUCAAGUUUAAUAAAGAAAUAUUGUGAAUUUUGAAACACUGGUCCAACGCAAAGUACUUCCAAAAACUGCUUUAAAGUGAUAGCUAAAUCUUAAUAUUAUAUCAUCACACUGGGUCAUUUCCAAAAGAAACAUCCCCCUUUCCUUGGAUUGGUAAUAUAUCUGAAAGUCAGUUAUUAUCUCUGAAUAAACCUUAGCACUAACUUUCAUACUAAAUUUUGCAAAUAAUUGCAUUUUGUCGUUAAUUUAUAUAAGAAAAAAUUAAGGUAUCAGGUCGGAGUGACCAACUGCCUGUAGUGUUUUUCACUGACCUGGAUGUCUAGAAAACGAUUUUAAAACCUGGAGAUGUUUUACCGUUUUCACUUACAAUUACAUGUACAUGUGAUGUAUAUAAACAUACCAUGCAUUUUCUGCCUUUUUAUGUUAAUAUAGUAUUAUUAUAAGUUUAUUAGUCUGAGUAUGUUCAGUUUUCAUGUAGCAUGUGGUCAAGAAAACCAUUAAAUUUAUUUUGUU